AUGGGUUCACGUUCAUCAAAAACCUCGAAAUCAUCUCGUAUACCUCGAUUACGUGUACCAAAAUAUGAUUUAAAUCAUUUUGGUGUUAUAACUGUUAUAUUUAAUCCUAUUAAAUAUAAAUCACGUUCAGAAUUAUAUCAUAAAUUCGAUGAACAUAUGUCACGUUCACAUGUAACUUUACUUACAGUCGAAUGUAUAUUCGAAUUAUCCGAAAAUCUAGAUUUACCAAAACAAAAAUUUGAAAUUACACGUCCAAAUGAUCCUCGACAUUUACAAAUUCGAGCACCAUCAGUUUUAUGGUUAAAAGAAAACUUAAUUAAUAUUGCUGUUAAACGUUUACCAUCCUAUAUUGAAUAUAUUGCGUGGUUAGAUGCUGAUAUAGAAUUCGAGCGUUUGGAUUGGCCUCAUCUAACAAUACAUCAAUUACAACAAUAUCCAAUUGUUCAAUUAUUUGAAUUAUCUUCAUUUUUAGGACCAGCUGGUAAAAAAGAUGUUUUACGUCAAGAUUAUUCGUUUGCUUAUGCAAUUCGUCAUGAACAACGUCUUGAUGCACGUCGAUCAUCUGAAUGUUAUGUUCAUCCUGGUUAUGGAUGGGCUAUGCGUCGAACUGUAUUUGAAAAUAUGGGUGGUCUACUAGAUUUUUCAAUACUUGGUUCGGGUGAUGUUCAUUUUGCAUAUGCAUUAAUAAAUCGUAUUGAAGAAACAAUACCUAAUGGUAUACAUAAAGAUUAUCGAACUUUAGCGAAAAUAUGGGGUCAACGAGUUGCUCAAUUAUCAGGUAAUGGUUCAUUUGUUGGUUAUGUUCCAAUUCAUAUUUAUCAUUAUUGGCAUGGAAAUCGUGUUAAUCGUGGUUAUUUUGAACGAUGGUCUAUUCUUGAAAAUUUUCAAUUUUCUCCAUUGAAAGAUCUUGAAAAAAAUGAUCAAACUGGUUUAAUUCGUUUAACUGAACGUCAUAAUUCAUAUCAAAUAGACGAAAUGAAACGUUUGGAAUCAUUUGAAAAAGGAAUUAUAGCCUAUUUUCGAUCACGUAAUGAAGAUAAUUUAAAAAAAUCAAUACCAGCUAUUAAUACAUUAAAACCAAAAAUUUCAUCGUCUGAUAUUGUACGACCAAGUGAUAUUUUACCAACAUAUAAUCAAACAUCUUGGACAACGGAUGUAAAUCAACCACAUAAUGAUAAUGUUGAAUAUAUUCAUUUACAAAAUAUGCAUUCUGGACAUAAUAUAAAUGAACAAAAUUCAAUUUCUUUAAAUAAUCUUAAUGAUUCUUAUAAUCAUACAUCAUCAUCAUUCAAAAAUUAUUCUCAAGGAUAUUUAAAUCAUGAAGUUUCUGAUCAAUAUAUAAAUUUUAAUGAAGAAAAUCGAAAUGAUUUUUCUACAUUAUCUGAACAAAUUUCAUUUUAA